AUCAAUAUAAACAUCAACAAUCCGCUAAGCUUAAGCUUGUGUGGCAAUCAAAAUCAUUUGUUUUCCAAAAUUAGCCUUUAAUCUAAAUCAAUUUACAAAAAAUUGCCAUCAUCUCCCUUCCUCUUCCCCUUCAAUGAUCCUUUUCCUCUUCCUCUUUUCAAAUUUACAGAAAAAAAUUGCUUCCUCAUUUUUUUUCUUCUCUUUCUUCUUCUCUUUCCUCCCCCUACCAGUCACAUUGCAUCAACAUCACUGUGGCAUGUGGCUCUCCGAACAACGAGCCCAGGUCCAGAAUGGGACUCAUGGCUCGCUAUUCGAUGAAGUUUGGUCCCGAGGCAGCCAUGGUCGCUCUGGAACGAAGAGCUAGUGCUGGUGGGCUCAUCCGUGAUCAUGGGGGGCAGUGGCUACAUGGUUUUAACAUUAAAAUUGGGUCACAAUCUAAUUACAUGGCAGAACUUUGGGGUUGUCAUGCUGGUCCUUGAAAUGAACUCUCUUUUAACAGUGCAGAUGAUACAGGGGAGGAAAACUGGGGAUGGCCUAGCUUCAGUGCUAUUGUUGGACAUUUUCCAUUUGUUAAACUGCUUCACGGUUUGUACAAUUCAGCUUACUUCCCGGGAAGGAAACUAGGCAGCAGAGUUUAUGACCUCUAUUGGCUAGAAUCUUACUCUAGGCACUACCUUUUUUCCGAAU